AGCAGGAGGGAUGUCAGCACCGAGUGCAGUGCCACCCCAGGCCGGGCUUCCCUAAGGCUGGUGCAGGCUGUCCCUCCGGGAGGCGGGGCCAUGGUGUGUGGAGGAGAGAGUGACUCACACGGUCAGGGCUGGCUCAGACUCCUGCCACAGUGGACACGCCCGCGGCCAGCACGAGUCCCCGGGGCCGGCUGGCCCUCUGCCUAGCUGACCUUUCUGCUGUUGGCAGCCGGCAGGCUGGCAUUUGGAGUGGAGGGACGGCCGCCCUGCUCCCAUCAGGAAGAGCGGCUCCAGGGCCCGUUGCCCACCUGCCCGCCUGUCCGUCCGCCCGUGUGUCCACCCCAUCCUGCCACCCGCCUGCCCUCCCAUCUGUCCAUCCCAUCCUGUCCUUCCUCCCGCCUGCCUUCUUGCCUGCCCGUCUGGCCAUCCUAUCCUGCCACCCACCCGUCUGUCCAUCCGUCCGUCCUGCCUGUCAUGAGCCUCCAGAAGUGGUCGUCCCUGCGCAGGAGCAGCGGCACACAGGAGGCAGUGGCUGGGGUUCCAAGGCCAGAGCUUCAGCCAGGCAGCUCACCCUGGACGCUGACCUUGGGGUCGCUCAGCUGCACAGGCAGGAGGCGUUCGGCCCGGCUGCGUGCCAUCUCGCGGGUGCUGAUGUUCUGCCGUGCCCACACUGAGGAGGCCUCGCGCCCCGAGGAGGAACCCCCCAGGGUGCAGCCGGGCCUCAGGGAGGGGGCCCGCCGCUGCUGGAGGCCGUUUUCCAGGCCAGGCAUCAGCCCCUACUGCCCAGCAGAAGUGGACCUGCUGGCUGGGGACCUGGCCUCCUCACACUGGCCUCCCUCCUCCCUGUGUGGGGGCAGGAAGGCCCUCUCGCAGCAGCUGGACCGGCCGUCAGACCAGACCGGGGGCGGCUGGCAGCCCCGGCGGUCACUGAGCUCAGUGCAGUUGGCCUCACUACAGGGCCUGCAGGUCUCAGUUAUCUCCAGCGUGGUGCUGAUGAAGGGCCAGGCCAAGGGUCUGGGCUUCAGCAUUGUGGGCGGCCAGGACAGCUGCCAUGGUCCCCUGGGCAUCUACAUCAAGACCAUCUUCUCUGGGGGUGCAGCGGCUGCGGAUGGGCGGCUGCAGGAAGGCGAUGAGAUCCUGGAGCUCAACGGAGAGUCCCUGUUGGGCCUGACACACCAGGAUGCCCUGCACAAGUUCAGGCAGGCCAAGAAGGGGCCCCUUACCCUCACGGUGUGCACCCGCCUGCCUGCCACACCCUGGGGGGGUGUCCCUGCGUGUUUCCCACUCUGCCGCUCCCUGAGCGCCGGUGAGGACAGCUCCCUGGCCAUGGGGCCCCCAUGCAGCCCUGUAGGACACACCUGCAGGGCCCUGCUGGAGGUGUGGCUGCACAAAGAGCCUGGCGUGGGCCUGGGCCUCGGGCUGUGCCACGUCCCCCACCUAGGCUGCCUGUCGGGCAUCUUUGUGCACAUGCUGGCACCCGGAUCUGUGGCGCACCUGGAUGGCCGGCUGCGGUGUGGGGAUGAGCUGCUGGAGGUAGGUGCCCGCCCUGUGUCCGGACUGUCCCUCACAGAGACUCACGCCCUGCUGAGCCGCUGCAGCCCCGGGCCCGUGCCCCUCACUGUGGGCCGGCACCUGCACCCUCAGGUGUGGGGGCAGCAGCUGCAGGCAGCCCUGGCUCGGGCCCUGGAGAGUGCGAGGCUGAGGAAGGAGCAGCCACAGUGGAGUCUGGAAGUGUCCCUGUGUCCCACAGCGGGCAGGCGUCUGGAGAGCAGCUGGCAUGGGCGGCCCUCGCCUGGGCAGGACACCUUGGGCCCCCACGUGGCCCGAGUGGGCAGUGAGGACGGCCGCGUGGCGGGGAGUCCGGGUGGUGGUGGGCGGCUGCCCCUGGAUCCACAGGGCAGCUCCCAGGCACUGGAACCUGGGCCGCCCCUGGGAGAUCCCCCGCUGGGGCCCAAGAAGUCCCUGGAGACCCUGGGGUGGAAGCCCAGCACGCCCAAACCCAGGCCCCCACCCUGCAAGCACUUUAAAAGUCACAGUGACCCUCAGAAGAUUCCAGAAAGCAGCAUGGUGCAGCACACAUGCAGCCAGGAAGCCGGGGAGCCGCUGCCACCAGGGCAGGAAGCUGGGGCCCAGACAGCCCCCCACAAGGCCUGUCGCCCAGAACCCACAGGCCUGACCCUACCGAGCCUGUGUCUGGGGGGCCCUCCUGGGGGCCAAGGUGCAAGGCCAGAGGCUCCCCCGGCCCCCUCGAGGCGCCUACAGCUCAGGAGGCAGGCCCGGCUGGACCUGGGCCUGGACACGGUGGCCGAGGACCCCUGGGUGAGGAUCUCUGACUGCAUCAAGAGCCUCUUCAGCCCCGGCACGAGUCAGCCCCCUGGGUACCGGCCGCCGGAGCUCAGUGCUGGCCCGGGCAUGGACGUGGUGCCGGACACAGUGACGGGGUCCCCCCGAGCCCGGCAGCAGGUGGGCGGCACCGUGAAGAGGGGCCCUCCCGUGGCCCCCAAGCCAGCCUGGUUUCGCCAGAGCUUGAAGGCCCUGCGGAGCCACGGCCUGGAUGGUGCCACCCCAGUACCUACACUGAGCUCCCUGGGGUCCCCCAGGACCACCGCCUCCCUGAAGCAGAGAAUCUGCAACUUUGAGACCUUGGGGUGUCCCCAAGCACCCCACAGAGGCAUCUGGAGACUCAGCCCCAAUCUCCCCAGCCCCGUGGGGGAUGGGGAUGGGGACGGGGCCCCAUCCCCCAGGGGAACAGACCGGGGACAGGAUCUUGGGGUGCAAGAGGCCCCCCUCACCGCCGGACCUUUGGCAGUGGCGCCCCCCCAUGCAUCUGGGCCGCAACCCCCCCUGGCCCCUGACCCCCAGCCCACCCUGCUGAGCCCACAGGCGGGGGGCCGCCCGGGCAAGCCGGUCGGGCAGCGGGCUCGGAGCUUCCCGCUGAGCCGCAGCGGGUCCUGGGAGCCCCCGGCAGGGGGCCAGCCCCCCAGCAGCCUGUAUGCCCUCAGCAGCAGGCUGUCCUCGGCAAUGCUCAGGUCCCUGCUGUGCCUGUCCAGCCCCCCCAGCCCUGGCCUGGGGCCCCCACUCACCUGCCUGGGUCCCCGCCGGCCCCCAGAGUCCCUGAGCCCUGACUCAGGCUUCUCCCUCAGCCUCUCAGAGCUGAGGGAGAUCUCGGGGGGCUGCCCAGAGCCCCAGGCCAAGGACCGCACUCCCCGUUCCCCCUCACCCGUCCAGUCUGUUGUCUCCCUUCUGAGUCCUGAGGAGCUGGAGAAACUGAUUGAGGAGGUGAAGGUGCUGGAUGGAGCCACACUGAAGCAGCUGGACUGCGUCCAUGUCACAGUGCUGCACAAGGAGGAGGGGGCCGGCCUGGGCUUCAGCCUGGCGGGGGGAGCAGACCUGGAGAACAAAGUGGUCACAGUGCACAGGCUGUUCCCUGAGGGGCUGGCCGCCCAGGAGGGCACGGUUCAGAAGGGCAGCGAGGUACUGUCCAUCAACGGCAAGUCCCUCAAGGGCGCCACGCACGGUGAGGCCCUGGCCAUCCUGCGGCAAGCGCGGGGCCCCCGGCAGGCUGUCAUCGUCACCAGGACGCCCCUGUGCGCCACACCUGGCCUCGGCACCUCCACCGACUCUGUCCCCUCAGCCUAUGUGGCAGCUGAGGAAGCCCUGCGGUCUGCUGUCUUUCCUGCAGAGGAGGCCCUGCUGUGCUCAGUGACCCUGGAGAAGACCUCUGCUGGCCUGGGCUUCAGCCUGGAGGGAGGGAAGGGCUCUCUGCUUGGUGACAAGCCUCUCACCAUCAACAGGAUCUUCAAAGCAGCGACCCUGGGACCGGUGGAUGGCGUGCAGCCGGGGGACGAGAUCGUGCAGCUGGCAGGCAUGGCCAUGCGGGGCCUCACGCGCUUCGAGGCUUGGAGCGCCAUCAAGGGCCUGCCCGACGGGCCCGUCACCCUCAUCCUCAGGCGGCCCCUGGGAUCCCCGGCGGCCGGAGAGGGGCCCCCAUGCUGACCCUGGCCGUCGGCUCACUGUGCUGGGGUUACUGCUGGCCAUGCCGGGAGGGCGGGGGCAGCAGGGUGGACCUUCCAGGUCCCCUCAGGGGUGUGCUGCAGGGAGGGCAGAGUGGGGCCACCCCUGACUGUGGGGGCUGGGGACACCUGCUGCCUGAAUAAAGAGGCCUCCCUCCUGCA